AUGGAGAAGCAAAAAGAGCAUGGGAUGUCUGCAGGGAUCAGGGGCGCCACAACAGAUCACCUGAAAGCUUGCAUGAGCCCUGCUAUGGCCAGCUUUGGGCUAGGCCUCCUGCUUCUGCUGCUGCUGACCACCCACCCUGGACCCUCAAAGGCUCAGCACUGGUCCCAUGUCUGGUACCCUGGAGGAAAACGAGCCUCCAGCUCACCCCAGGACCCUCAGCAUCCUCCUGGGCCCCCAGCUCAAAGCCCAGGCCAAAUUGCCCAUACCCUCCCAAGUGAUGCUCUGGCUUCGCCUGAGGACAGUGUCCCCCUGAAGAAAAGGACCAUGACCCAGUGGCUUCUACAUAGGAAGCAGCACCUGGUGCAGACACUGCUGACUGGACUCCGAGCGCCACGCCACGCCGCCCUCCAAUAA